AUGCCUCUGAGUAUGAGUGAGCUAAACAAUCACUCAUUCAAACUGACACUGCAGUCUAAAGCAGAGACUGAGGGAACAGAUAGCAGGAAACAGCCUGCUAACAAAGACCCCGUUCAAGGGGAUGGAGGGAAGCUCUCCUGCUGGGGGCCACACUCACCAGCGCCCUGGCAGACCGCACCGCGCAAAAUCAAAUGGUUGUUUGGCAUCUCCUGCCAAGAUGUCUAUGGAAGGCUGGUGACCCAGAUCAAGGCCUGGCAGAUCAGUCAAAGCUGCCAAUACACAGGAGAGAGGUGCUCGUAUGAGCUUGUGUCGACAGCUCCAUACCUGAUCACUGCCACACACACGUCUCCAACAACCAAAAAGGUCAACGACCUUCAGUUUCUUCUAGAGCAGUCAACCAUCUGCAAAAUGACUGGAGACGCCGUGUCUGAGUUCUCCAAAGAUCCAGCCAAUAACAGCACAAACUACUGCAGCCUCCAGAACCUGAUGGACGGAAGUGACCUGAUCAGUGCUGAGGGAUACAAACAGUUCAGCAACAAGUGGAUCUGCCCUGGGUUUGAUACUGCAAACUGCACCUUAUCGUAGCAGGACAAAACCUGUUCUGGACAGUGUUCUUUUUUCCCCAAUGUUUUAUUUUUUAUUCUAAUAU